UGUUUGUUGACAGAUAACAUAGGUGACAAAGGAACAGGGAGUGAUUCAAAAGGUUUGGUGUGCAGAAGGGAAGUACUUCCUUCCGCCAUCUCCGAUCCGAAGCAAAGCAAACGUAAUUCUCACCCUUUUCUGGUUCACCUUUCCCUUCUCAACAACCCAUCAAAUCCAAUCCCACUCUGCUAUCACUAAACCUCUCUCACACACACACACAACAAACAACAACAACAACAACAUCAAAAAAGUGUAACAGAUCCAUUUCUCUCUCCACCCCACCUUCUAAAAUCUCGCCUUUCUUCAAUUUUCGCCAAUACUUCUCAAAACCCUAAUCCUCUAUCCCCUUUGAUCCGCCCAGUUUCUCAUGUCUGGGAUGUAUUUACAUUUGGGUCUGUUUCUCUGCAUGCUCUCUCUCUGUCGCUCUGCGACUUCGUCUUCUUCCUUCGCUUCGCGUCGUUCGAUCCUUCGGGAGGUCAACGACAACGCCAAAAGCGGCGGUGAUCACCCCGAUUAUGCCGUCGAGCUGAACGCAACGAAUUUCGACGCUGUUCUCAAGGACACCCCUGCUACUUUCGCCGUCGUUGAAUUCUUUGCCCACUGGUGCCCUGCAUGCAGGAAUUAUAAGCCGCACUACGAAAAGGUUGCAAGAUUAUUCAAUGGGCCUGAUGCAGUGCAUCCAGGAAUCAUUUUAAUGACAAGGGUAGAUUGUGCAUCAAAGAUAAAUACUAAGCUCUGCGAUAAAUUUUCUGUUGGUCAUUAUCCUAUGCUUUUUUGGGGCCCUCCUUCUAAAUUUGUUGGUAGUGGUUGGGAACCUAAACAACAAGAGAAAAAUAAUAUACGUGUGAUUGAUGAUGCACGCACAGCUGAUCGGUUGCUUAAUUGGAUCAACAAGCAAUUAGGCAGUGCAUUUGGCUUGGAUGAUCAGAAAUUUCAAAAUGAGCUUCUUUCAUCCAAUGUAUCAGACCCUGGACAGAUUGCAAGAGCUAUUUAUGAUGUAGAAGAGGCAACUUCUACAGCUUUUGACAUCAUUUUAGAGCACAAGAUGAUAAAAGCUGAAACUCGUGCUUCACUUAUAAAGUUUCUUCAGCUUUUGGCAGCUCAUCAUCCUUCUAGAAGAUGCCGGAAGGGUACUGCUGAAUUUCUUGUGAGCUUUGAUGACUUGUACCCAACAGAUUUUUGGUCAACUGGCAAGCAGGAAGAUGAUAAGAGUUCAGUUAGGAACUUAAAGAUUUGUGGAAAAGAUGUGCCUCGUGGAUACUGGUUGUUCUGCCGUGGCAGUAAGAAUGAAACCAGAGGCUUUAGCUGUGGUUUAUGGGUUCUUCUGCACUCACUCUCUGUGAGGAUUGAAGAUGGAGAGAGUCAGUUUACAUUCAAUGCAAUAUGUGACUUUGUUCACAACUUCUUCAUCUGUGAGGAAUGCCGACAACAUUUUUACAAGAUGUGUUCAAGUGUUUCUACUCCUUUCAAGAAAGCCCGUGACUUUGCUCUCUGGUUGUGGAGUUCCCAUAACAAGGUAAAUGAAAGAUUGAUGAAAGAAGAAGCAUCCCUAGGCACUGCUGACCCCAAAUUCCCGAAGAUAAUUUGGCCACCAAAGCAGCUUUGCUCUUCCUGCCACCUUGGGCUUGACCAGAAGAACAACAAAAUUGAAUGGAACCAAGAUGAGGUCUUUAAGUUCUUGACUGAGUACUAUGGUACAACGCUGGCAUCUCUGUACAAGGACAGAAAUGUUGUUUUAAAUGACGGAACUGAAGCUGUUGAAGAUUUAAUAGUAGCAACUAACGCGAUUGUGGUGCCCGUUGGAGCUGCAUUGGCUAUUGCUGUUGCUAGCUGUGCUUUUGGAGCACUUGCUUGCUACUGGCGUUCGCAGCAAAAGAGUCGGAAGUAUUUUCACCACCUACACUCUUUAAAGAACAUUUGAUAAUUAGGAGGGCCAAGGAGAACAUGGAAGUAGGGAAUUGUAGACAAGUGCACUUCAAGGCGUAUGAGGUGAAUAGCGGCUUUUAUAGGCAUCAUCCAAUUUAUGGUCUCACUCCAAAGAGCCUUGCCAAGUUCCUUUUUGAAUCUGUUUCCAUAAUAGAAUGUACAGAAUACAAUUCUUGCUCUGGAGACCAUUACUGAUCUGUGCUAUUUUUUCUUUCACUUUUCUUUUUUCGUUGAGCUCAUAUCUACUAUACAACCUAGGAAUUUGGGGGAAAGGAGCACAUGACAUGUAACAUUUUUGCUUUGUAAUUUGGGGUUUAUUUUUUCAAUAUCAAAGUAACUGUAUAAGCCAUAAAAGCAUGAAUUACAUUAUUGUCUGCUUCACCUUUUACUAAACACGUGAAUGCAAUCACAGGAGUCUAAUAUUGACCUUCA